GUACUAAUGGUUAAAGCUCGAGGCUGUGCAGGACGCUUGCGUAAUCAACCCUUGUCCUCUCACGUAUAAAUACUACGGAAUUUGAAAUAGCAUAACAUAAUCUGCACUCCUAAUGUACAUGUAGUUUCCAAAUAAAGAUUUCUAGGCUGUCGCGAUGACGGGCUUCUUGCAGGAAAUAGGAGGUCAACUCAAACAGUAUGAGAUUUCGCAUCUAAUUCUAAUCGCCGUAUUCUUCGGCAUCGCCUACCCAUGCAUACACGCCAUAUACAAUCUUUACUUCCAUCCGCUCAGGCAUAUUCCGGGUCCUCCAUUAUGGGUCGCAUUCCCGGUUACGAGAAUGCUUGGUAUGGUCCGAGGAACAGCGGAUUUUCAGAUCCGCGAGGCUCAUGAUAAGUACGGUGAGGUUGUUCGAAUCGGUCCUAAUGGGAUCUCCUUCAUCAACCCGCAAGCCUGGAAAGACAUCUACGGCCAUGGACAUGCGGAACUACCGAAGUCCUAUCCCAAGGGAAUCAACAUGGACCCGAAAAAGAUCAUCUCGUCCAAUGCGUCGGACCAUUUCCGCUUCCGACGAGCAAUGCUACCAGCUUUCUCCGACAAGGCCCUCGCGCAGCAAGAGCCGCUUAUCAGGGUAUAUGUAAACUUGCUGAUCGAGCGGCUGCGAGAAGUAUCCGAGACAGGAAAGCCAACGGAUAUUGUCCAAUGGUAUAAUUUCACGACCUUUGAUUUGAUCGCGGACCUUGCCUACGGCACUCCUCUGCAGGGUCUAGCUGAGGGCAAGUCAAAUGCGUGGCUUGAUAACAUCUCGAAGCUGAUGAAGCACAUGCCCGUUCUGGCUUUGAUUGGCAUGGCGCCUGCCCUGGGUUUGAUCCUCAAGCUUGUCGCCGGCUCGAAGGUUCGCAACGCGCAGGCUAACCACAUGGCGCUUGUCACCAAGCUUGCCCACGACCGCAUCUACCAUAGGAAGCAGGCCGACAGAGGCGACUUUAUGGAUUAUUUUAUGCGUUCUCGCGGCCAGCCGCAUGAGCUAAGUGAUGCCGAGCUGAUUGCCAACAGCGAUCUGCUGAUGGUUGCUGGGUCGGAGACAACCGCGACGCUCCUAAGCGGUGCGACAUAUUGGAUGUUAAAAACGCCGCACGCGCUGAAGAAGGCCACGGAUGAAGUUCGUAACGCGUUCAAGUCGGCCGAUGAGAUCACGUUCCAUGAAGUCCGCACUAAGCUACCUUACCUGGCUGUCUGCUUGGAGGAGGCUUUGCGCCUUUUCCCCCCAGUCCCCCUAGGUCUAUCUCGUUCGGUGCCAAAAGGGCCGCCCGUGCAGAUUGUAGGCUUGGAGGUUCCAGAAAAGACCGUUGUUUCUGUUCACCACAUGUCAGCCUACCACUCCGAGCUUAACUUCCAUAGAGCACGGGAGUACAUCCCGGAGCGGUGGCUCCCCGAAUCUGUCACAAAUCCAGCGUCGCCGUUUCAUAACGACCGCCGUGAUGCCCAUCGUCCGUUUUCUUUCGGGCCUCGAGACUGUAUAGGCCGUAACUUAGCUAUACAUGAGAUGCACUUGAUUAUGGCUACGGUUCUGUGGCAUUUUGAUCUGGUUUUGGAUCAUAAGUCUAGAGACUGGCAUAAUCAGCGAAUUUUCGGACUUUGGGAGAAACCACCUCUUGAGGUGUUGGUUAAGUCGCGGAAGGUUUAGAGUACUUAUCAUGUGGACAAAAGUCCAUUAUCAAUAAAGUCUUGGUCCAGGUCCAGUUCUUGGCUCUACCUCCUAGAUACCUGAGGUGAGUACCUUAUAAUUACCUUAUUUGUCAAAGACACAC